AUGACGUCUUCAUCGGUCAGAUGGUUGAAGACGGAGACCAAUCUUUUGAACACGGAGGAGCAUCACUUCAAAACUAACCUUCGUCGUGCAAAGAAUAACCAAAAGCAUGAUCUGUCAGCUUGUCCACGGCAUUACUCGAUUAUCCAACAUGAAUGGAUCGGAAUUCUGAAAGCAUAUCGGAUUGAGAUCCAGAUCUCAUCUCAGGUUCCCUGCCGACUCACCGCUAAUGUUAAGAAUCAGGACAAGAAAUGCCCUCUUAAUCUGAAAGAGGCGAUUUGGAGUCUCUGUUUUUUUGCUCCAAGAUGUGCAGAUUUUAUUGAGCUGGUCCGACUAUAG